GCUCCGUGUGCCGAUGUCCUGGGUGCCCGGGAAGAUGCGGGGCUUCCAGACGGGCCUGUUCCUCCUGUGCGUUGCCGCCGCCGCCGGCGCCGCCGCGGUGCCCUGGAAGGUGGGCUGCCCGCGGCGCUGCGUGUGCCAGCUGCGGCCCUGGUACUCGCCGCGCUCCGUGUACCGCGAGGCCGCCACCGUGGACUGCAACGACCUGCUGCUGCCCGCCGUGCCCGCGGACCUGCCGCCGGCCACGCACACGCUGCUGCUGCAGGGCAACAAGGUGGCGCGGCUGGAGCGGGGCGAGCUGGCCUAUCUGCGCAACCUCUCCGAGCUCGACCUGUCGCAGAACAGCUUCUCCCGUGUCGGGGACCUGGGCCUCGCCAACAUGCCGCGGCUGCUGAGCCUGCACCUGGAGGAGAACCAGCUGGCGCGGCUGCCCGACGACAGCUUUCCCGGGCUGGGCAGCCUGCAGGAGCUCUACCUGAACCACAACCAGCUGCGCAGGAUCUCGCCGAGGGCUUUCGCCGGCCUCGGCAGCCUCCUCCGGCUCCACCUCAACUCCAAUCUGCUGAGAACGGUUGACAGCCGCUGGUUCCAGAUGCUUCCCAGCCUGGAGAUCCUCAUGAUCGGAGGGAACAAGGUGGAUGCGAUCUUGGAUCUGAAUUUCAGGCCGCUGGCGAACUUGCGGAGCUUGGUCUUGGCCGGGAUGAACCUGCGGGAGAUCUCGGACUAUGCGCUGGAGGGGCUGCGCAGCCUCGAGAGCCUCUCUUUCUACGACAACAAGCUCGUGGAGGUCCCCAAGCGGGCGCUGCAGCAAGUUCCCGGCCUCAAGUUCCUAGAUUUGAACAAAAACCCCUUGCAGAGGGUUAAGCAAAGUGACUUUGUGAACAUGCUGCACCUCAAGGAGCUGGGGCUGAACAACAUGGAGGAGCUGGUUUCCAUAGACAAGUUUGCCUUGAUCAACCUCCCCGAGCUGACCAAGCUGGACAUGACCAACAACCCCAAGCUCUCCUUCAUCCACCCCAGCGCUUUCCACCACCUUCCUCAGAUGGAAACCCUCAUGCUCAACAACAACGCCUUAAGUGCCUUGCAUAAGCAGACGGUGGAGGCCCUGCCCAACCUGCAGGAGAUCAGCAUCCACGGCAACCCGCUCCGCUGCGACUGCGUCCUCCGCUGGGUCAACAGCACCGAGACCCGCGUCCGCUUCAUCGAGCCGCAGUCCACGCUGUGCGCCGAGCCCCCGGACCUGCAGAGGCGCCACCUCCGAGCCGUGCCCUUCCGGGACAUGACGGAUCGCUGCCUUCCCCUCAUCCCCGCGCAGAGCUUCCCGGCCCGCCUCGCGGUGGCCGCCGGCGACGACGUCUCCCUGCACUGCCGCGCGCUGGCGGAGCCGGAACCGGACAUCUACUGGGUGGCCCCGUCGGGCGUUAAGCUGCUCCCGUCCGCGCAAGGCGGGCGCUACAGGGUGCACCCCGAGGGGACGCUGGAGAUCCGCGGCAUCUCGGCGCGCGAGGCCGGCCUCUACGCCUGCGUGGCCCACAACCUGCUGGGCGCCGCCACCAAGAGCGUGAGCGUGACGGUGGGCAGCGCCUUCCCGCCGAGCGAGGCGGGCCUGGAGCUGGCGGUGCUGGAGGUGCAGCCCUACCGCGUGCUGCUCGCCUGGCAGCCGCCCCUCAACACGCUCUCGGCGCGGCUCACCAUUCCCGAGCGGCUCCCGUUCUCCAUCCUGCUGCUCCAUCACCCGGGAUGGGCUGGAAGGAAGGAGGUGACGCGGGAAAAGAAAUAA